AUGUAUGCUACAGCAGCUUUGAAGCGGACAUCCACGCACAACAACAGCCCGGGCGACGAGGAGACGCAGUCGCUUUUGAACGCCUCGCCGGCGAGCUUGCCGGGUCAGACGUCUGCGUCGUACGGCGUGGCACCUUACCGAGACAACGACUCAAACAAUGGCAAAGAUGACAAUGACGGGCAAGACAGCGACGACGAGGAAUUGAACGACGAUGAUAAAGAGGAAGAACGCAUGAAGCGCCUGUCGCAGCAGCGACUAGCAGAAAGCGGCUGGUUUGGCUACCUCAGAGGCUUCAUGAUCUUUUUGCCCCAUCUGAUCCCGUACAAAGAUCGCUUCACGCAGCUGUGGCUACUGAUUCUCAUUGUAUGCACCUGUGUCGACCGUGUAACCACCUUGCUGAUCCCGCUCCAACUCGCCAACAUUAUUGACGCUCUCACAGCCUACCAAGGAACCGGACACGUGCCGCUGAAAGAGCUUGCACUCUACUUCAUCCUCAAUCUCCCAGUCAGGCUUGCGGUCCAGAUCCUCGAUAGCUGCGCCCGGACGCGCAUCUCUCAAUUCUCAAAGUACCAGCUAAACUCGCUGGCCUUUUCUCACGUCAUGAGCCUCUCGAUGGACUACCACACCUCGCGAAGCACAGGCAAAGUUAUUACCGCAAUCGAGCAAGGAACCGACUUGACUUUUAUCCUGGAUAUUGUUCUCGGUCUCGGUCCCAGAAUGGUGGAUCUGUUGAUUGCUGCCGUGUACCUGACCAAGAGGUUCGACGCGUCGACGGGCGUCGUGAUGCUCAUGGCCACGGUCAUUAAUGCAUACGUCACCACAAAGGGAAACAAGUUCACCUCGGCGGUGCAGCGCAAAUAUGUCAACAACGACCAGGAGGAAAACAAGGUGCUGUACGACGCCAUUAGCAACUGGUACACGGUGGAAAUUCACAACCAGGCCAAGCGCGAGCACGAGCGCUACAACAGCGCCGUCAUGAAGGCCCUCUUGUCCAUGCGACGCUGGUCAGAUCUCAGCGAAAUCGUCUUUUCCACGCAGGAAGUGGUGCUCGAGAUUGGCUACAUCAUCGUGUGCUACAUGAUUGCCACGCGCGUCGCCGACGGACACUCGACCGUCAGCAGCUUCGUCUUCAUCACCUCGUACUGGAGCGUCAUCAGCUGGCCCAUGAUGUCCCUCGCCCACCAGCUUCACAGCACGGCUUCACAGCUUGUCAAGGCCGAGUGGCUCUACCAGCUGCUCCUCACCAAGCCCUCGAUCCAGGACAAGCCCGGCGCGCGGCCGCUGCAAAUCACAAAUUGCGAAAUCGAGUUUAAAAACGUCGGCUUCGCCUACGGCCCGGCGGAGCAGCAGCAGCAGCGGCGGCAGAUUCUGCACAACAUUUCCUUUACCGCCGCGCCGGGCCAGACGAUUGCGCUCGUCGGCGAGACGGGCAGCGGCAAGUCCACCAUUCUCAAGCUGCUCUACCGCUUCUACGACGUGACCGAGGGCAGCAUCACCAUUGACGGCCAGGACCUGCGCGACGUCACGCUGAGCAGCCUCCGCGACAGCCUGGGCGCCGUCCCGCAGGACCCUUCCGUCUUUGACCAGACCAUCAUGGAGAACCUGCUGUACGCGCGUCCCGGCGCCACCGAGGAUGACGUCGUGGACGCGUGCCGCCGCGCCUGCAUCCACGAGCACAUCAUGACCGCCUCACCGGAGGGGUACCGCGCGCGCAUCGGCGAGCGCGGGGUGCGUCUGAGCGGCGGCGAGCUGCAGCGGCUGGCGAUUGCGCGGGUGCUGGUGCGGCGUCCGCGCAUCGUGGUGCUGGACGAGGCCACGAGCGCAGUCGACUCGGCGACCGAGGCGAGCGUGCAGCAGGCGGUGCAGGCGCUCGGCGAGGGGCGGACCGUGUUUACGGUCGCGCACAGGCUGUCGACGGUUGUCGGGGCGCACAGGAUAUUGGUCCUGCACAGGGGCGAGGUCGUGGAGAGCGGCACGCAUAGAGAGCUGCUGGAGAAGGGGGGGCGGUAUGCGAAUCUUUGGAGGAUACAGACGGCGGCGAAUAACGAUGGUUUGUUGUGA